AUGGCUUCACGUAGAGAAAUGAUGAGUUCUAAUAUUGAUGAUCUCCCGGAGCUUUUAUUGGCUGAAAUCAUUUGUCGACUUUCUUCGAAUAAACUUGUUUUUCAAUGCAAGUGUGUGUCCAAGCGUUGGUGUGAACUCAUAUCUAGUCCUUAUUUCGUUUGCUAUUUCAUGCGGCUCCAACGUGAGUUGCAAAAACCCAUUUUAAGUACACUAGUUGCUGCAAAGACUGAAACAAACACUGGAACAUUCUUUCCAAUGUUGGGAACGACAAGCAUAAGUGGUGAUAGAGAGGAGGAGAAGGAGGAGGAGAGAUUGUGUUCCCUUCCUCCGAGUCUGAGUAUGCAACUACCCAUUAUUUCAGAAGCAGCAUUAUAUGUGGUAGGUGCCUGUAAUGACUUACUUUUGUGUUGCCCAACCCGUAUUCAUCAACGUUAUUAUUACAUUUGCAAUCCAUACACCAAGCAAUGGGUUGCUCUUCCUCCCACCCGUCGAGUCCUCAAAUCGGUCGUCGUAGGGUUCAUUUGUGAUCCCUACUAUAGCUACUCGGACUCCUCAUCCUCCACCUCCUCAUUGUCAAAGAAAAAAGUAGACAAUGAUGUUUGCAUUAAUGUUGAGUAUAGGUGGAGGGUUGUGCGAGUAUUUCCUAAUUUCUGUGUGGACAUAUUCCUUUCUGAGAAUGGGGAAUGGAGAGAGUCUAAAAAUCCGGUGGUAUGCUUAAGCGAGUUAGUUUCUGUCCUACCUACAGGCGUUGCUUACAAUGGAAAAUUGUAUUGGCCAUGUUACAAUUCUUCUAACUCCUAUGUUUUUGAGUUGGAUCCUUUUAGCAUCAGCAUCAGUAGUAGUAGUAAUAAUAUUAUCGUUGAUAAAUGUCGGUUGAAUAGGGGGCCCUUCCGGCCUUCUCCAUAUCCAGCUUUAUUUGCGUGCCGACGGUGUCUACGACUAUUCCCGCAAAUUCAACGUGGUCCUAGUUUGAAUGUGUGGGAGUUGGAAGAAGAUAAAGAUCAAGAAUUGGUCGUUACAGAAACAAAAGCAAAAGCUAGUGAUGAUAAUUUGAUGAUGAAAUGGCAUUUGGUUGUGGAAGAUGAUUAUUCUAACGAUGAUUUGUGCUCUUAUGAAAUUAAUGAGGAUGAUUUCUUCCCUUGUAGCACUGCACUGUUAGGUUUCCACCCGAAUAAUGAGGAUAUCAUUUAUUUCCGCAAUAUUCAAGGAGCUAUCAUCAUGUUCAACGUUGUUAAAAGAACAGUAGAGUUAGUUCCAGAAAUUCGAGGCAUAGAUGGGUACCGGUUUCUUGCCACUAUCACGUAUCCAUUUAUCCUCCCAUGGUGGCCCACACCAGUUCCUAGCCUCUAG